AUGGGCUGCCACUUGGUUGACUUCGAGUCAGUUUCGGACCUGACAGCUGCCCUGAAGGGUCAGGAUGCAUUGGUUGAUGCUACUUCUGUGCCUGAUCCAAGCUUUUCCAUCCGCCCGAUGGAUGCCGCUGCUGCAGCUGGUGUCUACCGGAUGAUCCCAAGCGAAUUUAGCUCCGACCCGACUAAUACUCAAGCACGAGGCCUACCGCCCUUUCAGGGUAAGGCGAAGGCCCUGGAGCAUAUCCAAAAGCUUGCAGAAGACAAAAGGAUUACGUGGACAGCCAUUUCCAACCACGCCUUUCUUGACUGGCGUUCAUCGGCAUCAACCUUCAGAAUCGGAGUAUCGACUACUUACAACCAUGUUCCGCUGUUAUUCCCCUGA